AUGGUCUCCAGACGACCCAGGGCUGGAAGCUCACUCUCCGAAGCCUUAACUGUGUCUCUCGGACUCAAUUCACAGGCGACAGGCGAUUCUGAUAGUUCGCCGCUACCUCGAAUCAAUCCAUUUAUCCAAAACUUCCCCAGCUCACCACACCAAUAUUACGGGCGCUCAUUCGUGGGUACUCUGUCUCCAACGUCUCAUUUUGCAAAGGAUCGCCUUCCCACCAACGAAAUACCGAAGACGGAGCAGUUACGGUCGAUACACAAGUCCGCAAAUCUGCAUAGACAAACAGCUGCUCUUUCGCAUGAUUUCGACGCCACUUUCGAAUUCGAAGAUGAGAGAGACCCGUCCCAGGGUUUUGAAGAUAUCAAUAAGCUAGCUGAAGAUCCAGCACCAGCAGCCGUGGCCGUCAUAUCUCCGGUAAAUAGCCAGUCCGAGACAGCUUUGUUACCCGAGGGCCAAGAAACCACAGAGCUCACACUGCCCUCUCGCCCCGACCACGAUAUGGUUUACGGCUCUAUCGACAGGAUGGACAGUCAGUACGUAUCACUGCAAUCGCCUCGAGACCUGAACCUAUCGGGCGUUGCGAUGGACCCCAACGCUCCAACAUUGAGCAAAAUAAAUCUCACACUACGUCGAAUGGUUUGGUACGUACCGUCCGUGAUUCUUGGACUGUUACUGAACAUUCUGGAUGCCUUAUCCUAUGGUAUGAUCAUAUUCCCCAUCACAGAGCCACUGUUUGCCCACAUGGGUCCUCCUGGUAUGUCAAUGUUCUACAUUUCCUGUGUCAUUUCCCAAGUCCUUUAUUCUGGAGGACUUUCUGCCUUCGGGAACUCAAUUGGUAGCGAAAUGAUUGAGAUCACUCCAUUUUAUCACGCCAUGGCCGCUUCCAUUACAAGUGCGCUCCCGGACCAACAAGAUCAAGUCCUUUCAACCACGAUAGUAUGCUAUGCUUUGAGUUCGAUAAUGACUGGUUUCGUAUUUUUCCUGCUCGGCAAAUUGCGACUAGGUAAAAUUGUGGGCUUUUUCCCGCGCCAUAUCCUAAUCGGCUGUAUUGGCGGUGUGGGCUACUUUCUUGUUGCCACCGGCUUCGAAGUCACAACAAGAAGCGCCAAGGUUGAGAGUGCCUGGGAAUUUUUGGCCGGUCUUUUUGCUGACUUUUCGACAUUUGGCAAAUGGGCCUUGCCAAUAGCGAUGGCUGUUUUGCUUGUUGUUGUCCAGCACAUUUUUGAAAACUCUCUAGUUUUGCCAUCAUUUUACAUUGCUUCAUUAUUCCUCUUUCACUUCGUGGUCGCAUUGGUUCCAAAUCUGUCUUUGGAAAUGCUAAGGGAAAAUGGCUGGAUUUUCCCUGCGACAAAAUCAUCAACGCAUUGGUACGGCUUUUACAAGCUUUACAAUUUGAAGUUGGUGAAAUGGUCCCUAAUUGUGCAACAGGUGCCAACGAUGCUGGCUCUUACAUUUUUCGGAAUCUUACACGUCCCGAUUAACGUCCCAGCGCUUGCCAUGUCUGUUGGGAUGGAUAAAAUCGAUGUUGAUAGAGAGCUUAUUGCUCAUGGCUACUCGAAUUUUAUAUCCGGCUUGAUGGGCUCAGUGCAAAACUAUUUGGUCUAUACAAACAGUGUCCUUUUCAUCAGAGCAGGUGCGGAUAGCUCCAUAGCGGGAUUUAUGUUGGCAGGGGCCACUUUCGGCGUCAUGUUGGUGGGGCCUGUGAUCAUCUCGUAUAUCCCAAUCUGCAUCGUGGGUUCCCUGAUCUUCCUUCUAGGCUACGAAUUGAUGAAAGAAGCCUUGUACGAUACAUGGUCAAAGCUGAACAAAUUUGAGUAUGCCACCGUAGUCGUGAUCGUUUUCACAAUGGGUAUGUUUGAUUUUGUACUCGGGAUCAUUGUCGGGAUUUUGAUUGCGUGCUUCUCAUUUCUGGUGGAUAGCGCAAAAUUGCAGACGGUGAAUGGCGAGUUUGACGGUCAAGUGGCGCGUAGUACCGUUCGCCGAGAUUUCAUUCAAACUCAGUUUUUGAACAAGAUUGGGGAGCAAAUCCACGUUUUAAAGCUACAGAAUUUGUUGUUUUUCGGUACUAUUUUGUCCAUCGAGGAAAGAAUUGACAAGCUUUUAGAAAUUAGCAAUAAUGAUGCUUCCAGACAGCGAAUCAAGUUUUUGAUUCUUGAUUUCAAAAACAUCAACGCGGACAACAUAGACUACUCUGCGGCGGAAGGCUUCAAUCGUAUCAAAAGGUUUACGUCCUCAAAGAAGAUCAAUCUGAUUAUUUCCUCUAUCAAGACGACUGAUAGAAUCUACAACGCUUUCAACAAGGUUGGUCUUCUUGACGGUGUUGAGCUAUUUGACGAUCUCAAUAGUGCCUUAGAAUGGUGUGAGAACAAGCUGCUGCUUCAAUUUAAGGAGCUGCGUUCCAAAUCGCGAAUUAAAGCUGAGAAGAAACGUGACAGAACCCCGAAUAAAACACCAUUGCCGCUGAACACCCCGCGGAACACCCAAUUCGUUUCGGUAGCCCAGAAAAUACUCACAGAUGAACGGUCUAUGCCGACGUACAAACAGAGCUACCGCGAGAAGCAUCCAGUUCUGCCUUUAUUGUUCUCCUCUCUGCAAAAAUAUCGCAAACAAAUCUCGACCUCCAAUCCCCAAUCGAAAGAGGCAGAUGAGAAGCUGUGGUCUGCACUCGGUGGUUACUUUGUCAAGAGGAAACUAGCAGCCCAAACUCCAUUGCCGCACAAAGACAACAUAUUUGCCGUCAUUGAAAGCGGAAUGGUCAAGGUUACGUAUAAUCUUCGUCAGGGUCAGCUUUAUGAAAUUAUUUCAGGCAAAACUUGUUAUGGAAGAAUGAGCGCCAAAAACACUGGUGAUUUUCCCAUUUCUUCUGUAGAGGUGACCAUGGAGACAGACUGCGUUAUAUGGGUCAUAGACGAGGCAGGACUCGCCAAACUCAGGGCCGAAAACCCAAACCUAUACACUGAACUUUUGCUGAUUUGUUUGUGCAUAAACCAAGAUCGUCUGAAAGAACUUCUCGGAUACUGCCUAGUUAGCAGCUGA